GGUGAAUUAGUUUGGCUCAAUUUUGUAUGGACUGCAUGCAUGUGUUACCAGAAAAGAGUAUUAUCUUGGCAGCUGUAGAAACCGUAGGCCUUGUUGACGUGUUCUUUAGUCAACACAUCACGUCUCAUACGUGCUGAUUCCAAUUGGUCUCGGGCUUCUCAGACGAAUAAUAGAGCUGCAAUCGGCUAGGAUGCGCUUCUACACGCGAGUUAUCGGUUUGGUAGUGUUAGCUACCAUUGCUAUCUUUAGUCUUUGGGGCAGAAGUCAUGGAGAGGCUAGCGUGAAGGUAUCAGAUAUUGUUUCUGAUCUUCACCGCCGAGAGGGCAGUAUCCAGGACGACAUCCUCGAUGAAGCACAUGUUGCAAAUAGACGAGGGCAUCUGGUACCGCUUUUGCAAGACAAUCUAGAGAGCCCCCAAGUAGCCGAUAUCGACAUUAGCGAUGGUCGGAAGCUAUAUAACAUUGAUUUAUUGCCAGAUUUGAGAGCGCAAUAUGUAGACGCCAUGAUCUGCUCGGAUGAGCGCACGAUAGGCGGCAUGGUGGCGCUGGUGAAUUCGAUCUUAUCGAAUACCAAUACAACAGUUUUCUUCCACCUUGUCACUGUUAAAAGCCAAAUGGAGCACCUUGAGGAAUGGAUUCUUGCAGCUCUUCCGGACAUUGUGAUGGAGAUAGUGCCGUUUGAAGCGGAUCUGACUGAGCGGCUGCAGUUGCGUGGCAAUACGCGGAAGGAACUCUCAUCUGCACUGAAUUUUGCACGAUUCUGGAUGCCUUCUCUGUUUCCUCAUGUUUUGGGGCGUAUCCUCUACCUAGACGAUGAUGUCAUUGUACUCGGCGACGUCAAUGAAAUGAAGCAUCAGCCAAUCAAAAAGGGCCACGUGAUCGCGGCAUCCGCUGAUAGUAAGAAUACCAUAGGCAACUUCUUGAAUUUCGAUAACCCCACAGUCCAGAAUCUGGGCAUUGGCAAGGAUGUGCAAUCAUUCAAUGCUGGUGUUUUUGUUUGUGAUCUGGACGAAUGGAGGAAAAAAAAUGUUACAGAAAAUGUCAUCUACUGGAUGGAACGGAACACAAAAGAGCACAUCUACGGCGGUGGGAUUGCAGGGGGUGCUUCUCAGCCACCAAUGCUCAUCGCAUUACAUGGGUUGGUUACCCCUUUGGCGCAAGUGUGGCAUGUACGCCAUUUCGGAUGGUGGAUGGGAAAUCAUUACAAGCUGGACAUAACAAAACAAGCGAAGUUGAUGCACUGGAACGGUGGUUUCAAACCGUGGAAGUCGGGGAAAGCGAGCAAAUUUGCGUUCGUUUGGCACAAAUAUUACUUUCCAGAUCCUUGGGGUCAGUUUACUGUGGUGCCACCCGACGGUCCAGCUAUGAAACUUCCCAAGAAGAGCAAGAAAUAGGAUCUCGACCUUCAAGAACAGAUACAUCAAACGCUCUGAUUCAGCCCCUUCCAGGUUGCAGGCAGUAGUUGUAGGCGAUCUUAGCUAACACUGAGGUGUUGUGGCUUCGACUGGCAUAGCCAUCACGGAUGGUUGCCUCCGGAAAACAGCAGGUGCAAUCCAGUGCAGUUUAGUAUCUACGAACAGAUCACAGAGAGGGCCAUGUUGUACGGAUGUAGCGGAGUUGACUAGGCUAGCUUCCACGCUAUGCUAUCUGCAACAGUGUCGCUUCUCUGUCAGAUCAUGUGCGUGAUGCGAUGGCUCUGAGAGUCAAUUCGCUGACUGCCAUCCUCAAGUGGAAUGUUGUUGACAAUUACCCUGCGCUGUUUGGACGAUUCUACAUGUAGCGAUUAAGUACAGCGACUAUGCUAUCAGCUGACGUUAAAUUGCUGUUUACCGGAUUAUAACUGAAUAUGUGGAGUGGGCACAUGAUAUACGACAUGAGCGACAUAGCACAGUGUACGUUUCGUAUUUGCCAGUGUGAAUUCGUGUUCGCUAGGGGAACGUAUUUCAAGUGUGCACUCUCGGCAUAUCUGAUGUGUACACAAUCUAUAGUCAUUCCAGCGGUUAAUUAAAUCAUAAAAUGCGCCGUGCCGGCGGCUGGGCCGCCGCUAGGAAAGCAUUAAAUCAAAUAUAACAUGA